AUCCGUGACGACGAAGAGCACCACAACCAAGACGCGUGGAGCCGAGCCGACGAGCCCUCAUCAGAUCAAUCAAUCGCUAGAGGAAGAAAAGAGCAGCAGCAGCAGCAGAGGAGGACGAGAAGGAGGAGAUGGGGGAGAUGAACUGGGUGAGCAGGAAGAUCCACCUCUACAACGUCACCAUGGGUCUCUACAUGCUCGAUUGGUGGGAGCGCUGCCUCUUCAACAUGAUGGUACUGAUUCUGCUUUGGUUCGUCUGCUUCAAUGGCUCUCGCUUUGCCAGCGACGUCUUCGACAGCCAUCUAAAGGCUCGGAUUAUACCUGGUGGAAACUAUGGCUUGGGCAUUGAGAAGUAAAAGUAAGGAGGAAGCAGGUUAUGAAAUUAUGGAAGCGGCUCAAAUAACAUCGGACUGUAUUUUGGUGUACGAAAUAGUUCCAAAAUGAAAUCUGUUUAUGAUUAUUUUUAUACCGAUAUUAUGUGCAGUUAUAGAAUCAUAAAUUGAAUUGUAAGAUUUUUCGUUCUGAUCUUCAAUUGAUCGAGCCUGAUUUUUUAAAUAUUGCACUCA